UGUCUUCCCUGUCCGAACCCUAGAAAUAGCCAUCUCUUCAAGGAGCACUGGUUCCUUUUAUUGGAGAAAAUAAUUUAGUAACCAAGACUAGGUUUCUAAAUGAGCUGGGACCGAAACCCGUUGCUGUCAAUUCGACUCUAACUCAUAGGACCCUAUAGGACAGAGUAGAACUGCCCCACAGGGUUUCCAAGGAGCAGCUGGUAGAUUCAAACUGCUGACCUUGUGGUUAGCAGCUUAGCUCUUAACCACUGCACCACCAGGGCUCCUCUCAGGGGACAGAGCUGGGAAACAUAUGUAUGUAUACUGACCCAUGUAUAUGGACAUACCUGUUUAUUUCUGUAUCUGUCUGUAAAUAUAAAUAUGAGUUCAUAGUGCUAUUUCUGACUUUAAUCCAGCACCAAAGGUUCCAUUCUAGCAUUCCCUUCCUUGAUUAUUUGUAAUAUCUUUCUGACAGUGACAGACUUGGCUCUUAUUAUAGAUUUACUUAUUUGUUCAACGCUAAUAUAUGUAUAAAGUAGGAAAAGGUAAUUUUAAUUGUUACAUCGAGCAAACUUCCAAAGCAUUUUGCAGUUGUUAAUUAAUUUAAAUUGUACUCCUCUAAGAUUGGCAUUUUAAAUGACUAUUUUUCAGCCCAAGUGGAAAGGUGAAAUCAUUUGCUACUGGUCAAACAGGAAGUGAGUGACUGUAGCUGGAAUUGAUGACCUGUUCUUACUCUCAGUGCUGUGCUCCAUCUCUAGGAUAGUUCUCUUUUCAUUAUCAGGUAUCUUGACCUACAAGUUAGCCUUCUUCCCUUCUUGGUGGGAUUGCUUUUUUUUUUUUAAAUUGAAAUGUUCCCAGUUUUUAGCUGUUUUUUACCUUCAGCAGUAUUGAGAACAAGAAAAAUUCCUUUUCUGGUUUCUUCCUACUUGUAGAAGCAUACAGUUGGAAGAGAUGUUAAACGUAAUCUAGUUGAGUUUUUCAAAGAUAAUCUAGUCCAGUUUUUCGCAGGAUACAAGUGAUUCCUCCAACCCUGCUCAAGUAUUCCCCAAGAUAGGGAUUUCACAGCUGGGCAGCUACCCAUUCCGGGUUUGCAAAUUUGUCCCUUUAGAAACACUUCCUUGACAGUGAUCUCAGAGCUGCCUUCCUGCAGCUUCUAUUAGUUGUUCUAGUUUUGUUAUCUGUGGUUAUCCCCUGUAGCUCCAGUCUCCACUUUAUAGCUGUUCAAUGACAGUUAUUAUGUCCCAUUUAAGUCUUUUCUUUCCUAGACUAAACAGUUUCUUUGCCACCCCCCCAUGAAAUAUGCUUUCGAAACCUUUUCCUAGCUUGGACAUCGUCCCGUGGAUGUGAUACAGUUGGUCAGUUGGGCAUCUAAAAUUGAAUAAACAUUUCAAGAUACAGUCUGAUCCAGAGCCUGUAUUAAAAAAAAACAAACCCAUUGCCGUCGAGUCAAUUCUGACUCAUAGUGACCCUAUAGAACAGAGUAGAGCUGCCCCAUAGGGUUUCCAAGGAGCGCCUGCUGGAUUUGAACCGCUGACCUUUUGGUUAGCAGCUAUAGCUCUUAACCACUACACCACCAGGGUUCUCUACACUGUAUUAUGCUCUGGAAAUGAAGUGAUUAAGGAAUUCAACAUGAUCCCUGCCCUUGGCAAGCUUACUGUUUAGUUUCUAUUGGUGCUGCUUUAGAAUAAGGUUGUGUUUUUUUUUUUCCCCUUUUAAUAUCCACUUCUCAAUGUUAGUUUAUAGUUGUAGUGAAGUCAUCUCGGUCUUUUUCUCCAAAAUUGCUAGUAAACCAGGUCUUCAUCCUCGGUUGAUUAGUUUUCUGAACCUAGCCCCUAUUUUCUUUGCUAAUUUCUGUUCAUUGUUCCAAAGUAGACAUUUGAAUCCUGAUUCCAUUACCCUAUUGUGCCUUUGUUAUCCUUCCUACUUCUGUAACUUUGAUGCUUGUUAUGAAUCUAAUUGUGUCCCCGCAAAGAAUAAUGCAUUCUAAAUCCUAAUCACUAUGCCUGUGGUUAUAAUCCCAUUUGGGAAUGGGUUGUCUCUGAGGCAGGAUUAGUGUAGUGUAGGGUGUGCUUUGAGUCAAUCUCUUACAAGAUAUAAAAAGAGCAGAUUAGGACAAGCAAGCAGAGAGGGGAAGAGAGAUGCCAAGUCACAUGAAGAUGCCCAGGAGCAGCAAAGCUCAAAGAGACAAGGACCUUCUUCCAGGGCCAACAGAGAGAGAAAGCCUUCCCCUAGACCGAGCACCCUGAAUUGGGACUUCUAGCGUCCUAAACUGUGAGAAAAUAAAUUUUUGUUUGCUAAGCCACCCACUUGUGGUGUUUCUCCUAUAGUAACACUAGAUAACUAAGAUAUAUUCUUUCUAUAUUUUUUACUUCAGUGGUUUAAUACUCAGGUAGGGAGUUCCAAGAUUAGAUCCUAGUAAUAUAUACUUAGAGACAAAACUCCAUGCUUUGGGUUUUUUGUAAAUAUUUUUUCCUUACUUCUGAAUUGUUGUUACUUUAGGAGGUAUUUCCCAAAGAGAUCUUGGUUCUGAUUUUCUGCUAUAGUUUGAGUACAAAAUUGUGAUGAAAAUAUUUUACAUCUUAAAACACUGAAGCAUGAGGCAUAGUUAGAUUUUUUUUUUUUUAAUGGUUGGUUAAAGUUAGAUUAUAUAAUUUUUUUUUUUAAUGAUAAAGUACAGGUAGUUUCUGACUUAUGAGUGGUCAUUAUAGUGGCUACUUUAUUUAUUUAUAAAAUGAAAUCCUUGACAACUUCAGUAUUUUCUCUGUUUAUUAUGAUGUUGCUUAUUGGUCCAGUUGUGAGGAUUUUUGUUUUCUUUAUGUUGAGGUGUAGUCCACACUGAAGGGUGUAGCCUUUGAUCUUCAUCACUAAGUGCUUCAAGUCCGCUUAGCUUUUAGCAAGCAAGGUUGUGUCAUCUGUAUACUGCAGGUUAAUGAAUCUUCCUCCAAUCCUAAUGCCGUAUUCUUCAUAUAGUCCAGUUUCUUGGUUUAUUCGCUCAGCAUACAUAUUGAAUAAGUAUGGUGAAAGGAUAAAACCAUUACGCACACCUUUCCUGAUUUUAAACUACACAGUAUCCCCUUGUUCUGUUCAAAUGGCUGCCUUUGGGUCUAUGUACAGGUUCUGCUGGGCACAAUUAAGUGUUUUGGAAUUCCAGUUCUCUGCAACAUUAUCCAUAAUUUAUUGUGAUCCACACAGUUGAAUGUCUUUGCAUAGUCGAUAAAACACAGGUAAACAUCUUUCUGGUAUUCUCUGCUUUUAGCCAAGAUCCCUCUGACAUCAGCAGUGGUAUCCCUCGUUCCACAUCCUUUUCUGAAUCCGGCUUGAAUUUCUGGCAGUUCUCUGUUGAUGUACUGCUGCAACUGUUUUGAAUUAUCUUCGGCACAGUUUUACUUCUGUGUGGUAUUGAUAUUGUUCGAUAAUUUCCAGGGAAAAGAAUGCAGUUGCUGGGUCAUAUGGUAACUCUGCGUUUAACUUUUUUGAGGAACUGCCAUACGGUUUUUCAAAGUGGCUGCAUCAUUUUACGUUCCCUUGAAGCAGUAUAUACCUGUUGCUGUUGAGUCGAUUCAGACUCAUAGCGACCUUACAGGAUGGAGUAGAACCGUCCCAGAGGGUUUCCAAGGAGCAUCUGUUGGAUUCAAACUGCCAGCCUUUUGGUUAGCAUCUGAAUGCUUAACCACUGUGCCACCAGGGCUCCAUAGGCAGUAUAUGAGGGUUCCAAUUUCAGUUCUAGUCAACACUUGCUAUUAUCUGUCUUUUUGAUUAAAAUCAUCCUAGUGGGUAUGAUGGAGUCGUGGUUGCGCAGUGGUUAAGAGCUUGGCUGCUAACCAAAAGGUCAGCAGUUUGAAUCCACCAGCCGCUCCUUGGAAACCCUCCUUAUGGGGCCGUUGUACUCUGUCCUCUAGGGUUACCCUGAGUCAGAAUCAACUUGGCGGCAACAGGUUUUUUUUUUUUUAAGUUGGUAUGAAGUGGUAUUUUAUUGUGGUUUUGAUUUGCAUUUCCCUGAUGACUAAUGUGCUUCUUGGCCAUUUGUAUGUAUCUUCUUUGGAGAAAUACCUAUUCAGAUCCUUUGCCCAUUUUAAAAUUAGGUCGUUUGUCUUUUUAUUAUUGAGUUGUAAGAGUAUUUUAUAUAUUAUAGAUACAAGUUUCUUAUCCUAUAUGUGACUUGCAGAUAUUUUCUCCCAUCUGUAGCUUAUCUUUUCACUUUCUUGAUAGUGUCCUUUGAAACAAGUCUUUACUUUUGAUGACGUCCAAUUUAUCUACUUUUUCCUUGGUUGCCUGUGGAUUAGCUGUCAUUUCUAAGAAGCCAUUGUCUAAUCCAGUAUUACGAAGAUUUAUGCCCAAGUUUUUUCCUAAGAGUUUUAUAGUUUUAGCUGUUACAUUUAGGUCCUUGAUCCUUUUUGAGUUAAGUUUUGUAUAUGGUGUGAAGUAGGAGUCCACAUUAAUUUUUUUUUGCAUGUGGAUAUCCAGUUGUCCCAGCACCAUUUAUCGAAGAGACUAUUUUUCUCUUGACUCGUCUUGGCACCCGUGUUGGAAAUCCGUUGUCUUAAUUAGCUAGUGCUGCUGUAAAACAAAUACCACAAAUGGGUGGCUUUAAAGAAGGUAAAUUUAUUUUUUCACAAUUCUGGGGGCUAAAAGUCCAAAUCAGAGUCUUGGCUGUGUUGAUUCCUUCUUUGUUGGUAACCCUGGCAUUCCCUGGUUCUUGGUGAUCCUCACAUGGCAUCUGUGUUCCCAUUGUGUACCUGCCUCUAUGUCUAAUCUGCCUGUUUUCUAAUUCAGAAGUGAUUAGGUUUAGGACACAUUCUACUUGGGUAUGGCCUCAUCAACAUAACAAAUAACCUGAUUCCCAAACAGGAUUACAUCCACAGUAAUAGGGGGUUAGGAUUCCAAUACAUAUUUUGGGGGGGACACAAUUCAGUCUAUAACAUCAGUUGACCAUAGAUGUAUGGGUUUGUUUCUGGGCUUUCUAUUCCACUGAUCUACAUGUCUGUCCUCAUGCCAGCACCACACUGUUUUGAUUACUGUAGCUCUAUAGUGAGUUUUGAAAUGGGAAAUUGUGAGUUCUUCAACUUCAUUCUUUUUAAUUGUUUUGACUAUCUAGGUCCUAUAUGUCCAUAUGAAUUUUUUGGAUGAGAUUGUCAAUUUUUGCAGAAAAAGUAGUUGGAAUUUUGGUAGGAAUUGCAUUGAAUCUGUAGAUCAAUUUGAGGAAUAUUGGCAUCUUAACAAUACUGUCUCCCAAUCCAAGCAUUACAACGAUUGUGAGGAUGGCACAGGACUGGGUAGUGUUUCAUUCUGUUGUACAUAGGGUCACAAUGAGUCGGAACUGACUUGAUGGCACCUAACAACAACCACAAAUCUGUGAAGAUGGGAUGUAGGUCUUUAAUAUUUUCCAACAGUGUUUUGUAGUUUUUAGUGUACAAGUCAUACACUUCUUUGGUUAAAUUUAUUUCCAAGCAUUUUAUUCUUUCUGCUACUAUUGUAGAUGAAAUUGUUUUCUUAAUUUUCAUGUUUUGAUUGCUAGUGUAUAGAAAUACAACUGCUUUUUAUAUAUUGAUCUGGUACCCUACAACCUUUUAAACACUUGCUUAUUAGCUGUAAUAAUUUUUUUGUGAAUUUCAUAGGAUUUUCACUUUUUUUUUAAUUACUGAUUUAUACAUGUUUUUCCACUGUAUUGAGGCCCUGUUGAAGUGAGGACUGAAUUUCGUAGUUCGUUUUUCUUUCCUUACUGCCAAAUAAACGUACGCUCAAUUAAUACUGGGUUAAAGGUGCCAUUGUAGUGGAGUUUAGUGUAGCAUAAUGCCACUAAUGUCUUGGAAAAUGGCACAGAAGGGAAAUGCAGAAGUAUUUUAAGUAUAAAAUGUUUCCUGGAUCCAGGAAAGGCAAUUAUUCUCACUCCUGUCCCUGCCUCUCUGUAUCCCUUACCCCUAAUUAUCCUAUGUAUCUGCAACUUAGAAUACUAAUCAUAAAACGUCUGUGUGUUAGAACAGGAACCUUAAGCUGAUUUUGUAUUUUAUUUUUCUAAGGAAAUGUGUUCUGUUUAUGUUCACAAAAUAGUUCUUUCAUGAACCUAGGAGUACUUGUGGUAUUGUGAUUGGCUAAUUUUGUUAAUUCUGUACUCAAAUUUUUUCUUGGGUAAAUGCAAGCUGCACUCAUUUUCUUUUUCCUCUUAGCUACUAAAUCAUAGAGAGGUGAGAGUAACAUUUGCUUUCGAAGGGCAGGAUCUGACCUGUUCUUUUGUCAUUUUCUGCCUGCCUGUAAUUACCAUAUAUGAAAAAUACUUUUUGAAAGCAUCCAGUUCUUUAAAGAGGAGAAGACUAGAGAAUUCACAGUUUCCUUUUAAUCAGGGAUUUGAAAUGAUUUCAUAACAUCCAGUUCUUUAAAGAGGAGAAGACUAGAGAAUUCACAGUUUCCUUUUAAUCAGGGAUUUGAAAUGAUUUCAUAAAGAACAGAUUCUCUGUAAUAGUUUGGCCAUUCUAAAGGAGGUGGUGAAUAAUACAGGUAAAGUGUGAGAAUCUCUGAAAAAUGCUACGUAUUUUUUUCCUACCUCCCCAUGGUACUGCGUGUACAUCUUGUUCAUUCCAACUGCUGCGCAGUGUCCUGGGGGUGCCGCCACCCCAUUUUACUUAGCUUCACUCUGAUAGUGGACACCUAGAUGAGGCAACAAUUUUGUAACUCUGUUAACUAUUUUUUUCUGGCAUUUAGUUCCGUAUUCCUAAAUAAUAUGUUUAUUCUGCUGCUGUUUCUUAUUUUCUUCAAUUGUAGAUAUUAUCUGUUGGCUUCCAACAAUGGAAGUAAGGAUUUAGCUUUUUAAAUUUUUUUAUUGUGCUUCAAGCAAAAGUUUCCAGUUCAAGUUAGCUUCUCAUACAAAAACUUACACACACAUUAUUAUGUGACCCUAGUUGCUCUCCCUAUAAUGGGACAGCAAACUCCUCCUUUCUAUCCUGUAUUUCCCAUGUCCAUUCAACCAGCUCCCGUCCCCUUGUGCCUUCUCAUUUUACCUCUGGACAGGAGCUGCCCAUGAAAAAUACUACGUAUUAUAAAGAAUUCAGUUCCAUCAGCAGUCCAGGCAACUAUGGUGGCUAGGUCAAAGUAGAAACUUCUGGAAGUAGCUACAGGCUGCAUGGCUAUGUGGUUGAGCAAAUCAAAGAUAAUUGAGUCUUCUCUAAUCCAUUUCUCAGCACCAGUAGAUAAAUAUAAGGUAUGAGAUAGACCUGUAUUAUUCAGUCUAUCCUAUUUAAUUAAACCGAAAGAUAUAAUCAGGUAGUUCCCAUACCUAACUUUGCCUGCUCAUAGGGAAACACCGCAGGUCAUUAUUUGAAGUCCAAAUUUCUCAAACUUCUGUAGUUGCGUUGGCCUAUCAUUGUGAAUUUGAUUUCAUAGUAUUAAUUCUUAUGUCCCUUGUUCUUCUGUUUUAGAAAAUUUGAAAUGCAUUACAGAAGUUGAGAGAUUAAUAUUAAGCAGUGCCUUCCCAAGUUCCCAACACUUCUCUUCAAUCAUUAUUAAUCCAUGGCCAAUUUUCAUUCAUCUCUGUUUCUACCUACUUCCUUACCUUUCUUGACUUUAUUAUUUUGAAACAAAUCCAAGAUACCAGUUCAUUGGUUAAUAUUUCAGGAUGUAUCACUGAAAGAUAGGAUUUAUCUUUUAAAUAUAAUCACAGUACUAGUGAAGAACCUCAAAAUUUGACAAAUUCUCUGUUAAUGUUCAAAUUUUCCUCAUCUCAUAAAUGUUUUUUACAACUGGUCCAUAAAGGGGAUCCUAACAAGGUCUUCAUUUGGUUGAUAUGUUUCUUAAGUCUCUUUUAACAGAAUCUCCUGCUCUCUUUUUCCUUGCAAUUCACGUAUUGAAAAAACUGGGUCAUUUGUCCUGUAAAGCUUUUCAUAUGCUGGAUUUUGCUGCUUGCCUCUCUGUGAUGGUAUGUAACAUGUUUCUUGCUCCCCAUAUAUUUUUUGUAAACCGGUAGAGCUAGAAAUUUAAUUUUUUUUUUUUUUUGCAGGAUGUCUCCCUGGUGGCGCAGUGGUUAAGAGCUCAACUGCUAACCAAAAAGUUGGCAGUUCGAAUCCACCAGCUGCUCCUUGGAAACCCCAUGGGGCAGUUCUGCUCUAUCCUAUAGGGCUGCUAGUUCCUUGGAAGCCCGAUGGGGCAGUUUUCUUUAUAGGGUCGCUAUGAGUUGGAAUUGACUCGACAGCAACGGGUUUAAUGGCUAAUGUGGAGCCCUGGUGGCACAGUGGUUCAGAGUUUGGUUGGCAACCAAAGGGUGACAGUUCGAAUCCUUCAGCCGCUCCUUGGAAACUCUAUGGGGCAGUUUUACUCUGUCCUGUAGAGUUGCUAUGAGUUGGACUCGACUUGAUGGCGUUGGCUUUGGUUUGGUUUUCUUCCUAAUUAUUACUUUCCAUUCUUAGGAAAUCAUUAAAUGUCCUGGAGUUCAUAGAGAAUGUUCAUUUAAGCAUGUGAAUAAUGAGAUAGGCAGCUCUUUUACAGUAUUAAUAUCAAUCUGUUACAGCAUUUUGGGUCUGAUGAAGACUGAUUUCUACCAAUUUCAGACUUUUUGGCAACGUAGACUUGAAGAACGUUGCUGUGCUCUCUUAUGUUUCAGUUGUGAUACCCAGACUGAGGGAAGAAAAAAACAAAACAGAUGAAGCAGUCCAGCUUCAUCUGGAAUCCUUUGAGACAGAGGGUGCUGAUCUGUACAGUAGCAAUCUCCAGACGUACUAACAGGCAAUUACAGCAGUGCAGAAUGGCUGACCUCAGUCUUGCAGAUGCAUUAACUGAACCAUCUCCAGAAAUUGAGGAAGAGAUAAAGCGAGACUUUAUUGCCACGUUGGAGGCAGAGGCCUUUGAGGAUGUUGUGGGAGAAACUGUUGGAAAAACAGAUUAUAUUCCUCUCCUGGAUGUUGAUGAAAAAACUGGGAACUCAGAGUCAAAGAAGAAACCAUGCUCAGAUGCUAGCCAGGUUGAAGGGACUUCAUCUUCUAAAUCAGCAGUGCUAGCCAAUGGCGAUCAUGAAGUAGAAGGGAAUGACACUACAGGGUCCCCUACUGAAUUCCUUGAAGAGAAAAUGGCCUACCAGGACUAUAUGAACAGUCAAAACUGGCCAGAAGAUGUAAACUUUUGCUACCAACCAGAACAAGUGGUAAAUCCUAUCCAGACUGAUUCCUUUAAGAUGCACCAAGAUGAUGACCAGGCAGAUUUUCUCUUUAUCCCCAGUGGGACAAACAAUGCCUCAACAGUUACAGGGCAAAGUGAUCCUUUGAAUGACAUUUAUGGCAUGCCUCACUAUGAUGCAUUUGCUUCAGCAACUGGUGAUGUACAUCAGGGGUGGUCUGUGGAAGCCCCCAACUCUCCACACUCGGCAUCUCUCGUUUCCCCAGAGUCUAUUAAACAACCUCUGCAGCCCACGGAAGAGCCAGCCAAGGAGGUAGAAAUGGCAUCAGCAAGAGAGAGGAUACCCACAGAAGUACUGGAAAUACUGCCAUCUAGAGAAACAGAGAUGGCAUUCGCUGAAGACAUGGAACCAUCCACCAGAUCAGAUGUGGCACUGGCCAAGGACACAGAACCUUUCAUUGAAUCAGAUUUGGCUCUAGUCAAGGACAUGGUACUACCCAAAGAAACAGAGGUGGUCCUAGCCAAGGAUAUUGUCUUGCCCACAGAAGCAAAUGCAUCUUUGGACAAGGACACCGUACUAUCCACAGAAACAGAGGUAACCCUGGGCAAGGAUUUGACACUGUUAAAAGAAACAGAGGUGGCACCACCUAUUAAAAUGGAUUUGGCCUCAGCUGAGGGAAUGGUAUCACUCUCAGAAAUAGAGGUGUCAGUGGCUAAGGACAAUGUAACAUCCACAGAAAUAUCCCUGGCCAAGGAGUUGUCCCUGUCUCCAGGGACAGAGGUGGCUCUUGCCAGGGAUGUGGCACUGCCCCCAGAAACCAAGGUAGUCCUAACCAAGGAUGAGACUUCACCCGCAGAAGCAGAGGUGACCUUGGUCAAGGAUAUGGCUCUGCCGCCAAAAGCAGAGGAGGCCCCAGUCAAGGUUGUGACUCCAUCCCCAGAAACAGAGGUAGCUCUCGACAAAGGUGUGGCUGUAUUCCCAGAAACAGAGAUGACCUUGGCCAAGGGUAUGGCUCUGCCUCCAGAAACAGAGGUGGCCCUAGUCAAGGAUGUGGCCCCAUCCCCAGAAACAGAGGUGACGUCAGUCAAGGAUGUGGCUCCAUCCCCAGAAACAGAGGUGACCCCAGUCAAGGAUGUGGCUCCAUCCUCAGAAACAGAGGUGCCUCCAGUCAAGGAUGUGGCUCCAUCCUCAGAAACAGAGGUGGCCCCAGUCAAGGAUGUUGCUCUGCUCCCAGAAGAGGUAGCUGUGGUCAAGGAUGUGCCUCUGCCUCCAAAAACAGAGGUAGCCCUGCCUACGGAUGUGGCUCUGCCCUCUGGAACAGAUGUGACCCAGGCCAGCAACUUGACUCCAACCAAGGAUGUUGCACCACCCUCAAAAGCAGAGGUGACACCAGCUCCAGUUCAGGACAUGGAAAUUGCAUGGACACAGGAAGGAAUAAGUGAGGAUUCCCAGUUAGAAUCUCUCCAGAAUGAGGGGCAGUCAGUUGCACCUGCUUCCAGGAUUUCACCAGAACCUGUCACACCCUUGGGCCAAAAGUACCGUGUGCCAACAGAUGAGGAUUCUGCGUUAGAGAAACUAGAGCAAAAGAAACAAAUCAAUAGUCAGCCUAAUGAACUUUCUUCAGAGACCUCAGGUACCCCUACCACACAAGCCAAACAAGUUUGCAGAACCAGUGACCGCAAGUCAGUCCGGCCCAAGCCUGCCAGGGUCCCUCCUGAGCUGCUGGGAGGCCGUCCUCCACAGAAGACUCUUGAUCCCAGGCUGGGCCCCUGCUCUUUGUCUGAGUUGGGUUGGGUCUCUGGUUCGUCUCCCUGUGGCGAGCCUGGGAACCAGAGAAAAACUAUUCAUGUUGACUUCUUUGAACCACAGAGGGACGUUGGCAGGGAGACCUGGAAUGUAGAAAGCACACCAAUGAUGAUGAAGAAAAAAAAGAAGAAACCAAAGCAAAAGAGAUAUUCUCAACCUCGGGCAGGGGGUCUUUGGGAUGAGGACAAUGCAGAUGAGCCUAAAAGACAUUCUUUUGCAACUGUCCCACAAAAAUCAGGUGUUCUUCCCAGCCAGUCUGCUACCGUAGGCACAGAAUAUGGACCUGUAUCCAGAGAAAAUUUGGAAAAGGAAUGUGUAGUUGACUCCAGAGCAGUCAAGCUGGUAGCUGAGAACUUUGUCUCAGAGAGUCUCAAAGUUCCUUUGUAUUCUUCAGAAGAACCCUUGAAAACUGAAGUAAAUUCUCAGCCCAGGCUGAGAGCGGAAUCAGAAGUCAAAGGUAACAAGUCAGUACCACUGAGCCAAGACAAGAAAUCGCUGCAGCAAAGUGAAUACAGACUACAGCCUAUACCCCAGCUGAAGAUUCCUGUACCUAAAAGCCAGGAAAUAGACUCUCUCAAUCUGAAAGGACCCCUUUCAGAAAUUUCUGCACACCAUGUAGAAGAUCCUUUGGAGAUCAGACCCAAAGAGGGUUGCUUUCCUGUUUUGAACCAAGAGGGUAAGGGUAGUGUUUCAAGACCCACUACAGCAAAAGACCUGCCUAAUUUAAUACCUACUUUAACAGCAAGUAAUCCAUUAGGAAGUAUUCUCAAAGAAGGGGAUGAUGAAAGUAAAGUGCCUGAACUGCAGAAUAUCACACAGAAAGAGUUUUCUGAGGGAGCUGACGAGGUUAAAGAACGAAAAAAGGAGGCUUUUUCCAAGCAAAAGCAAGAGAUCAGUGUCUUUGUUUCUGAGCAGCUGCAGGGCAAGGUGUUAGGUCAGGUCCUUGAGCUGGGGAGUGAACCAUUUAAGGGAAUGGUAGGUGAUGGCAAGAACAGAAAGGGAAGGGGAAGUUCUGGGAAGAUGAGAGCAAAUUCUGGGAAAGUGAGAGCAAGACCUGAACUGUCAGUUCCUCUAGACAGCCAGAAGGACAACAUGGCUGAUCUUGUGCUAAGUGAGCCAGCCCUAAAAGCAGAAGGAAUGACUACUGCGGCUAAGAAUGAGGAGCUAGGGCUAGAUUCUUCAGAGCAACCAGGGACCAUGACUGAUCUCACUGAGGCAGUGGUGAUGGGAGAGCCUAAGGAGAAUAUUAACCCUAUGGUGUCAUUGAUUCCUUUGGGAAAUCAGUCAGGCGUGACUCAAAUUUCUGGUUAUAGCACAGAAAGAGGAGCCGUAGCCAUAGAUAAGAGUGUCAGUAACCAGAGCAAGGAAGGAAAGUGUCCUUGGAUGGAUUCUGAGGCAGCUCCCUGGAUUUCUGAAAAGCCUAAAAAGAGAGGCAAUGACGGCAAAAACAAAAAGUUUAAAAAUAGUUAUUCCACACAGCCUGCUAGAAUGGAGAACAAGGCAGAAAUCUUCAGUCCACCUUUUGUAGGUAGUUAUGAGGCUGCUGGUAGCAGUCCCCGUAAAAAUGAGGAGUUAGGACUUGGUUUCCCCAAAAUACAUGAUCCUUUGUUCUCAGAUAUAUCCAGUACACCCACAGUGGAAUUAGUUGACAGAAAGGGUAGAAAUGCUGAGGGUAGUUCUUUUGAGCUUGGGGCUUUGUCGGAGAACAAAACAAGCACAGUCAAGGAUUGUGCUGUUACUCAGCCAGCAGCCACAGUGACAGAUGUGGGCUGCCAAGACCAAAUCCAGGGGGUAGAAUUUGUUCCUUUAGUACUGCCUGAGGAGAGUAAGACAGAUGCAGCUCCGGGACACACUGCAGUGGCUGACAAACCAAAUAAAAAGAGUGAUGAUGGAAAAAGUCAAAAGGUUAAAAAUAAUUUCCCCAAGAAGCACAUUCUGGAGAAUAAGAUAGAUGUAACAAAAAUACAUGUUCCCAUGGAAACCACAGGGGACCACAGAAUUGAAGGACUAGGCUAUGUGGAUGAAAAUAGAAAUAUUACAUUUACCUGCCCCAGAACACCACCAGAGUUGAUGAGUAAGUCAGCCCCUCUGGAGGCUAUGGAAUCAGCAACCUGUGAAAAACUGCCCAUUUCUCCUCCUCAAGUAGUAAAAGAAGGUGAUUCCUUUCCAGAUACUUUGGCAGAAAGUGAGCAAGCGGCAGCCUCAGCCCAGAUUUCCAAAUUAUUAGUAGUAGACAACUGCAGCAAAGAUGGAGUCUCAGGUCAAGAAGGACCCAAGGCUCCCACUGCUGUUAUGCCUUGUACAAACAUAGGAGUUGCUCUGAUUUUCCCAGCAGCCAUAGAAACAGUUGACAGCCAUGGAGAUAACUAUUGUAAGAGUAAAGGUGAGCUUGCUCAUCCUAUGAAAAAUGAAGAAGAAAUAAAUGGAGGGCAUGUAGUAGGAAAACCUGAGUCAGUGCACAGUGAUGCAUCUGAGGAUUUAACAGAGAAAACCACAGUGCCAGCAAAAGGGCACUUCCUUCCUAGAGCACCAGAAGACCACAGCCUACCAGGAGAAGUCAGAGUCCUAGAAGCAUAUGCAGAUAGGGGUAAUUUUCCAGCAUACCCAGUGAAAAAAGAAAAAGAGACCGAGGAAGGGUCUGUUCCAGCUCAGAUUCCUGAUUUACUGGGAGACAAAACACAAAAGCCCAGUUUCUGUGAGGACCAAAAUAAUGAAUGUAGAGAUUCCAGGGACUCAGAUAGUUUGAAUAAGGGGGUGGAUAUAACUCUUCUGCCUGCAAAAAGUAAAAAGGAUAAAUUGAAAGAAAUGAGUCUGGCUUGUGAUAUCACAGAGUUGGAAUAUGCUUCCUCGGCAACACCAGACCUCCAGUCAGAUUUCUUACAUGGCAAAGUUGAAGAUACUCCUUCUGGAAUGGUAGAUGAGUUGGUAGUGACUGCUCCCAAGGGUCUUGAACUUCCAAAACCCAAAGAUAAGAUCUUGGAGGCACCUCUGAAAAGAGCAGAAAUAUCUGAACCUGUGGCAUUGGGAGAAGGGAAGAAGGAAAAUAAAAGCAGGAUGACAGAACCAAUGAAAGGCUACAUGAGACCUACAAAGUCCCGGGGACUUACUCCACUUCUUCCGAAGUCUACAAUCCAGGAACGUGAGCGAUCCAAGCAACAGAAGUCCAUUGUUUGCUUGGGCCCAUCAACUGUCUUCACAUAAUUCCUCCCCUUCCACCUCUUUGGAACAGCCAAGCCAGAAGAAGGACGGCCUACUGUGAGUGUGACUGGAAAUGACAUCACUGCCCCUCCAAAUAAGGAGCUCCCACCAAGCCCAGAAAAGAAAACAAAGCCUUUGGCCACCACGCAACCUGCAAAGACUUCAACAUCGAAAGCCAAACCACAGUCUGCUUCUAGCCCUAAGCAGCCCGCUCCCACCACCCUUGGUGGGCUGAAUAAAAAACCCAUGAGCCUUGCUUCAGGCGUAGUACCAGCUACCCCACCCAAACGCCCUGCUGCCGCUACUGCCAGGCCUUCCAUCUUACCUUCAAGAGACGGGAAGCCAAAGCUUGUUACAGAGGCAAAGAUUCCUGAGAAGCGAGCCUCACUUCCCAAGCCAUCCUCUGCCCCAGCUGCCAGACCCGGCUCCAAGAGCACUCAGACUGUUCCGAAAGCCCCACCAGCUGCCACUCCUGCCGCAGCUGUGUCAAGCAGUAGGACCUCCCCCAUGGCUCUACCCAAGAGGCCCACUGCCAUCAAGUCUGAGGGAAAACUUGCAGAUGUCAAGAAGGUGGCUGCAAAGUCUGCACCAGCUGACUUGAGUCGCUCAAAGAGCACCUCCACCACUUCUGUGAAGAAAAGCACCACUUCAACUGGGGCAGCCCCCCUGGCAGGAGUGGCUUCCAACCGAGUCAAGCCCACACCCGUGUCUCCUCGGCCCUCUGUGACGCCUUCCAAGGACAAGAAGGCCACGCCAGCCAAGCCCAACUCCUCCACCCUCAGUCUGAGCCGCACGGGAACCAAUGCUUCUACCCCUGAUUUGAAGAAUGUCCGCUCCAAGGUUGGCUCCACAGAAAACAUCAAGCAUCAGCCUGGAGGAGGCAAGGCCAAAAUAGAGAAAAAAACAGAGGCAGCUGCUACAGCUCGAAAGCCUGAACCUAAUGCAGUCACUAAAACAGCCGGCCCUAUUGCGAGUGCACAGAAACCACCUGCUGGGAAAGUCCAGAUAGUCUCCAAAAAAAUGAACUACAGCCAUAUUCAGUCCAAGUGUGGUUCCAAGGACAAUAUUAAGCAUGUCCCUGGAGGUGGUAAUGUUCAGAUUCAGAACAAGAAAGUGGACAUAUCUAAAGUCUCCUCCAAAUGUGGAUCCAAGGCCAACAUCAAGCACAAGCCUGGCGGAGGAGAUGUCAAGAUUGAAAGUCAGAAGUUGAACUUCAAGGAGAAGGCCCAGGCGAAGGUGGGAUCCCUCGAUAAUGUGGGCCACCUGCCUGCCGGAGGUGCCGUGAAGACUGAGGGCGGUGGCGAGGCCCCUCCGUGUCCGGGCCCCCUUGCUGGGGAGGAGCCUGCCAUCCCUGAGGCGGCGCCCGAAGCUGGCACCCCCACUUUGGCCAGUGGCCUCAGUGGCCACACCACCCUGUCAGGGGGUGGUGACCAAAGGGAGGCCCAGGCCUUGGACAGCCAGAUCCAGGAGACAAGCAUCUAAUGAUGACAUUCUGGUCUCGUCUUCCGUCCCCUGUGUGCCCCUCUUGUCUCCCUGUUGCCCUUUCCCUUUCCCCCUUCCGUGUCACUGCAGAUUGAGACCUACAGGCUGACGUUCCGGGCAAACGCCAGGGCCCGCACCGACCAUGGGGCUGACAUUGUCUCCCGGCCCCCCCACUUCCCUGGCGGCCCCAACUCGGGUACCCGGGC